AUGCAGUCUCAGCACGGCGAGAAAUGGGCCGAGUACAGUGCCCAGUCCUCCGCGCGACAGGACACGUUCUUCGACUUGGCGAUUCCACGCGCGAACACCAUACACAACUACAUCGACGUGGACAGCGACGAAAUCAACCUGGUCAUCUCGGACUGGAUCGUCAAUGUAAUCAUCGGCGAGAUGAUGUUCUGCCCCGAGGAUGAGCUUGCGACCUUGGAGACGGAUGGCGGCGACGGGGAAGAGCUCACGGGCAUCGAUCCUCGCAACCGGAAGAUCGACAAGCUGCGGCGCAGGUCGCUGUCGUUUUUCACCGAGAACGAGAAUGGCUUCGGCUACACGGUCAGGAUCCCGGCUGUGACGCGCUACAAGCUCGCCAUCAAGCACGUGUCGGUCGGCUUGUCGUUCCGACAGGUCACCAGGGUAAUCGAUGACACAAAGAACACGUGCAUGAUCACCAAGCUGGACGGCAUCAACGACACGCUGAUCGCGCUUGACACAAUCAUCGCCUCCGACGACGUCUGUGCGCUGGCGUUGUCGUUCGACGGCAGCACACACCGCGGUAAGUGCUUCAUGGAUAUCCGCGUGCGUGUCGGUGUGAUGGGUGUCCUGUACAACCUGCAUUUGAUCACGAUGCCGCAUUUCGACCGUCACACCGCCCAGAACCAGGAGACCAUGAUCGUCAAGCUUCUCAACGCUCUAUUCAUGGGGUGGAUUCGGAAGCUGAUCGGCGUCACGACGGAUGGGGAGAAGACGAACAUGGGGCACCGAUACGGCGUCCAGGUGCGCAUGGUGACGUACGCCCAGUUCAAAGUCGUCCAAGUGUGGUGCGCUCCACACCAGCUCGACCUGCAAGUUCACUUGUAUGUCGAUGAGAUCGACGGUGGCGCGUGGGUGAAGAAGACCUACGAGGUGACCGUGUACCUACGCCGGCAGUCGAACCUGAUCACGGAAAUGUGCGUGACAAGCCCGAAGAAGACGAACCGGUGGAUCGCGCUUGGCUCUGUGCUCAAGUUCGACAUAGCUCACGAACCGAGAAUCACAACCUUCUUCGCCGAGCGCGCCGCCGAGGGCAACUCGGCUCAGCCGCAUGUGCUGACGUCGACCUGGUGGAUCCUCGUGCAUGCUCUUUCCCCCGCCAUUGAGCUGAUCGCUGAGACUUUCGUCAACCUCCAGCAGCGCGAUUUGGUGCUCUGUCAGCAACGGAAGCUGUUUGUCGUUCUCGCCGACGAAAUUGCCGACUUGUUCAAGGUGUGCCGCAUCGCCUACUGCGAGGGCGACUUCGACGACCUACCUGUCAACACCUACAUGCAGCGAAACCAGUCAAUUGUGCUCAUCGCCUCGCUUCGCUUCUACGUCGAAGACCUCGGGUCGCGCGUUCGAGUGCACUGGGAGAUGCUCGACAACAUCGAGCAAUCACAAUGGAAGCUGAGCGCGACCCAAUGA